CUGGGGUCAGGCAGAUAUCUCACUCGGCACGUUGGGUUUUAUCUUUCCUUUCCUUGUUGGGAGGGCGCAAAAAAUAAGAUAAUGCCAAAUGCGAUAUGCAUGCAAGGAGGCGGGCGCAUCAUACUUUCUGCCACUGUCAGCUCGUUCGUCACUCCCUCUGCUUCUCUGCCACCGUCAGAGCUUCAUCUUCCACCUCGAUCGCGUCCCUCCCUUCUCCGCAUCCAUUUCUACGAUGGUUCCAAGAAUCAAUCGGAAGGGGGAGAAAGGUACUGUCAUGUGCUUGGUGCUUUGUCGUCCCUGGUGCCUCAAGUGUGUAAUGCAAGCAACCUGUUUGUUGCUGAUGGUUGCAACUUGCAACUCAGCAGGGUCGGAUUGAAACCGAAUGGCUGUACUCGAAAACCAAGUUUCCCUGUUGCUGUGGUGGUGGUGUUACAGGAUUGAGGUUUGCACAUUUUAGGCACAGAUCCAUGGGUAAAUCGAUCAUUUUUUAGGAUCAGUCAAGAUCAAAUAAUAAAUAAAAGGCUUCGUUCAUGUGAUUUGUGAAUACUUGUGUUCUUCCAAGGAAAACAAAGACAGAGUGUUCAAGUUUUCUGGCAUGCCAAAUUGCCAAGUUGGAAUCACUCUUCUUUCUCCACUGUUUUGGUUCGUUGCAGACUCUGGGGAUUCUGAGAAUUAAUGAGAGAAAAUCUGCUGACAGCUAGUACUUCACCAGCCUCCCAUUUGUUUGUCACCUCACUCUG